AUGACAUGGAAGAAAGUGACGCUAACAUUAUCGCGACCACUUGUUGCCGGCCUUACUGGCGCAGUCAUAGCGUCUACGAUAGCAUAUAAAGUUGGCCAACAACGAACCAUCCAUAAUCCGCCGCAAAAUGCAUUCCCCAAAACUUCAACCACGAAAUUAACUGACUUGUCUUCUCCUCAAUAUUGCACCAAUAUCUCAAAAGUGAUCCCUGAAUUCACCAAAUUAGGAAUUGAAGUUGUUAACAGUAAACCGGAGAUUGAGCAUCACACCGGUAAUGAUUUCACUACGCACAAACCAUUACCGGGUCAAGUGCCACAAUACAUCAUCUAUCCCAAGACUACCGAAGAAGUCUCUCAGGUAUUGCAGAUAUGCAAUCGCGAAUUAAUUCCGGUGGUCCCAUUUUCGGGAGGUACUUCACUUGAAGGUCAUUUCCAUUCAACUAGACUGGGCGUGGUCCUUGAUACGAGCAAGAUGAAUAAGAUCCUAGCCGUUCAUGAUGAUGACUUGGAUGUUGUUGUGCAAGCCGGAGUCAAUUGGCAACACCUCAACCAAGAACUCGAGCCAUAUGGGUUGAUGUUUGGUACAGAUUGUGGUCCACAAGGGCAAAUCAGUGGGAUGAUUGCAACAAAUGCCUCAGGUAUUAAUGCAUCGAGGUAUGGGGCAAUGUCAGCUAAUGUGAUAAGUGUCACAGCUGUAUUGGCUGAUGGAACUAUUGUCAAGACAAAGCAAAGGCCAAGAAAAUCAAGCGCUGGCUAUAAUUUAACGAAUUUGUUUAUCGGAAGCGAAGGAACUUUGGGUGUGGUUACGGAAGCAGUGUGUAAAGUAUACCCUAAACCCAAAAGUGAAACUGUGGUUGUUGUGCAAUACCCUACCAUUCUAGAUGCUACAAAAUCAGUGGCCCAAGUAUUUCGAUCAGGGAUGCAGCCAACGGCAAUUGAGCUAUUGGAUAAUGAUAUGAUGCACUGCUUGAACUAUAGCGGUUAUACUACACGACCAUGGCUAGAAGUGCCAACAAUUUUCUUCAAAAUAGGCGGAAUCAACGAUGCAGUAGUUGAGGAAAAUGUAAAAGUGCUCAACAAGAUCACCAAAGCGAAUAAUGCCGAAAGCUUCACAUAUGCGCAAAGCAAAGAAGAACAAGAAGAACUAUUCUCUGCUCGGAAGAAUGCAUUUUACGCAAUGUAUAAUUGGGGGAAAAACGAGAUUGAUGAAGACGUGCGUAUUUGGGUCACAGAUAUUGCUGUACCUUUAUCGAGGCUAUCACCUGUGCUUGACAAAGUUCAUGAAAUGAUCAAAGCCUCACCUUUCAAGUCUAUUAUAUUGGCACAUGCAGGCGAUGGAAAUUUCCAUGCAGAUAUUUUUUACCAGCAUGAACAAAGGCGAGAGGUUGAAAAAUUAGUGGAUCUGAUGAUUGAGUUGGGUUUGGCUAAUGAAGGGACUGCGACAGGGGAACACGGUAUAGGAAAUGCAAAGAGAAACUUUUUAGAGUUGGAGUUGGGUCAAGAUACUAUAGAUAUGAUGAGAAAGAUUAAAUUGAGUUUGGACCCAAACAGAAUAUUGAACCCUGAUAAAGUGUUCAAAAUUGACCCUGAAGAUAAGGGAGAGUAUUAG